AUGACAGACCUCUUAAGAAGUGUUGUCACAGUCAUUGACAUAUUCUACAAAUACACCAAGCAAGAUGGAGAAUGUGGCACACUGAGCAAGGAUGAGCUAAAGGAACUGCUGGAGAAGGAGUUCCGGCCGAUUCUGAAGAACCCAGAUGAUCCAGACACAGUGGAUGUCAUCAUGCAUAUGCUGGAUCGAGAUCAUGACCGAAGAUUAGAUUUUACUGAGUUUCUUCUGAUGGUAUUCAAACUAGCUUUGGCUUGCAACAAGGUUCUUGGAAAAGAAUACUGUAAAGCUUCAGGGUCAAAGAAGCAUAGGCAUGGCCAUCAACACCGAAAGGAAGAAAGCGAAACAGAGGAGGAAGAGGAGACACCAAGACAGAAAUCAAAUUUCAGACAUUCAAGUUGGAGUGAGAGAGAAGAGGAGCAUGGCCAUAGUCCUGGGGGCUCAAGGGGACCUGCAAAGCAUAGACGUAGGUCCAACUCCAGGAAGUUGGAACAGCAAGGUGAAUUAUCCAGCUCAGUAGAAGCUAGGGAAAAACGCCAGGGGUCUAGCUCUGGUCACUCUUGGCAUAGUAACAAAGAGAAAUAUGGUUCCAGCUCUGAAGAGCUAGAAGAAAAAAGAAACAAGUCAUAUGAUGGCUCCUCUAAAGAAUCUGGGGAAGAAGAUGAAUCUGGAUCUAGCUUAAACAGUCAGGGAAGAAAAGGUCAUAGUGGAGUGUCACAUGGACUGGAGAAACAUGGAUCAAAGUCUACUCAGUCAAGAAAGGGUGGAGAACAAAAUCUUGGGCCUAGUUCUGCAAGUUCAAAAAACAGUAAGAUACAAAGCCAUGCAUUUGGUAAUAGCAACUCUAGUCAGUGCUGCAGACCACAAAAUGCUUCAAAUUCUUGUCAGGCAGGUAGAUCCGAAAGAAAAGGAAAUCAGUCUUGCUGUACCCAGUCAAGUUGUCAAUCAGGAACCGGUGGAGGACAAGGUUAUGGAUGUGUCUCUGAAGAUCAGUCCUCUAGAUGUUGUCAACCUAAACCUAGAUCCUGUAGCUGGUCUUCUAGUCAGAGAAGGUGUGGCUCUAAACAAGGUGGUCAACAACAGAACUGUGGAAGACAAGAAAAAUUGGGUUCAAGUCAUUCUUCUUGCUGUGGACAAUAUGGGACUGGAGCAACUCAAACUUCUGGUUGUGGUCAACAUGGAACAAGUUCCUGUGGACACUGUUCAAGCUCUCAUCAAAACGGGUAUAGUUCAAAUGAAUUUUCCAAAUGUGGUCUGCAUGGGUCUGGUUUAGGGCAGUCAUCCUGCAGUGAACAACAUGGAACAAAUUCAAGGCAGUCCUCUGGAUUUCAACAAUAUGGACACGGAUCAGGUCAGUCAUGUUGUGAGCAACGUGGUACUUCAUCAGGUCAAUCCUCGAGUUGUAGUCAACAUGGGUCUGGAUUGAGUCAGUCCUCUGGUUUGGGACAUCAUGAGUCUGGCUCACAUCAGUCAUCUGGCUUUGGGCAGCACGGGGCUGGCUCAGGUCAGUCAUCGGGCUCUGGGUAUCAUGGAUCUGGAUCAGGUCAGCCAUCUGGCUCUGGGCAGCAUGGGGCUGGAUCAGGACAAUCAUCUGGCUUUGGGCAGCAUGGGUUUGGUUCUGGUCAGUCAUCUAGUUCUGGGCAUCACAGAUCUGGUUCAGGUCAGUCUUCUGGCUUUGGGGAGUAUGAGUCUGGAUCUGGUCAGUCAUCUAGUUCUCCACAAUAUGGAUCUGGCUCAGGUCAGUCAUCAAGCUCUUGGCAGCAUGGGUCUGGGUUUGGGCAGCAUGGGUCUGGUUCUGGUCAGUCGUCUAGUUCUCCACAUUAUGGAUCUGGCUCAGGUCAGUCAUCUAGCUCUUGGCACCAUGGGUCUGGUUUUGGGCAGCAUGAGUCUGGUUUUGGGCAGCAUGGAUCUGGUACUGGUCAGUCACCUAGUUCUCCACAGUAUGGAUCUGGCUCAGGUCAGUCAUCUAGAUCUUGGGAGCAUCGGUUUGGUUCUGGUCAGUCAUCUCGUUCUGGCCACCACGGAUCUGGCUCAGGUCAGUCAUCUGGCUUUGGGGGGUAUGGAUCUGGAUCUGGUCAGUCUUCUAGUUCUCCACAACAUGGAUCUGGCUCAGGUCAAUCAUCUAGCUCUUGGCAGCAUGGGGCUGGCUCAGGAAAGUUAUCUGGCUUUGAGCAGCAUGGGUCUGGUUCUGGUCAGUCAUCUAGUCCGUGGCAGCAUGGGUCUGGAUCAGGAGAGUCAUCCGGAUUUGGGCAUCACAGAUGGGGCUCAAGUCAGUCAUCUGGUUUUGGGCAGCAUGGGUCUGGUUUGGGGGAGCAUGGCUCUGGUACUGGUCAGUCGUCUAGUUCUCCAAACUAUGGAUCUGGCUCAGGUCAGUCAUCUAGCUCUUGGCAGCAUGGGUAUGGAUUUGGUCAGUCAUCUAGUUCCCCACAGCAUGAGUCCAGCUCAAAUCAGUCAUCUGGCUGGCAGCAGCAUGAAUCUAUACCGGGUCAAUCACCAGGAUCUAGGCACCACAGGUCUCCUUCAGGUCAGUCAUCGGGCUUUGGAAAUCAGGAAUCAGGUUAUGAUGAGUCAUCUAGAUAUGAUACUCAAGAAUCAAAUUCAGGUCAGUCAUCUAGACUUGAGGAGCACAGAACAAAAGAGAGACAGUCUCAUAAGCCUUGGAAACAGGGGUCGGACUCAAGUCAGUCUUCCAUAUUGGGGCAUCCCCAGAAUAGCAGCAAACAUCCUGAGUCUGGGCAUCAGCAGCCCUCCAUUUCAGGCUCUGGUAGAUCUCCAAGGAGGUCUCCAAAUCAGUCUGAGGUCAGUGAAGACAGCACCAGCAUAGCAGUCAACAUCCUGAAUCUGGGCAUCAGGAGCCCUCCACUUCAGGCUCUGGAAGACCUCCAAGAAGGUCUCCCAACCAGCCUGAUAUCAGUGAAGGUGAGGAGCAAUCAGAAAGUUCACAGAGGCACAGAAUAUCCUCCCAUGGUCAGCAUGGACAGCAGCAAAGAGAGUCAAUUCAGGGAAGACAUGGAAGUCCUCAGAGGCAGCCCCAGCAUAGCAGUCAACAUCCUGAGUCUGGGCAUCAGCAGCCCUCCAGUUCAGGCUCUGGAAAACCUCCAAGAAGGUCUCCCAACCAGCCUGAUAUCAGUGAAGCAUGGACAGCAGCAAAGAGAGUCAAUAAAGGGCAGACAGGGUGUUCCUCAAAGACAGCACCAGCAUAGCAGUCAACAUCCUGAAUCUGGGCAUCAGGAGCCCUCCACUUCAGGCUCUGGAAGACCUCCAAGAAGGUCUCCCAACCAGCCUGAUAUCAGUGAAGGUGAGGAGCACUCAGAAAGUUCACAGAGGCACAGAAUAUCCUCCCAUGGUCAGCAUGGACAGCAGCAAAGAGAGUUCAUUCAGGGAAGACUUCGAAGUCCUCAAAGGCAUUCUCAGUUUAGUCAUAGAGUAUCACAUAGUACUCAUUGGCAGUCAAGGGAUAGUAUUAUACAACAAUCAAAUAGAGGACGUGGCUCUUCUGGGAGAAAGAGUUUUAGUUCUUCCAGUAGCAGAAAUCAGUCUGAUUCUAGUCAACAUUGGAGACAUGGCAGCUAUGGUAGGGAAGAAUAUGAUUAUGGAGAGUCAGGAUAUGGACCUUCUGGAGGCAUUAGAAAAAGCAGAAAUUCCAGUCUUUGUUGGUCUGAAAGAAUCACAAAUACAGAAGUGUCACCAGAUGGACAGUCCUUCUCUCUAUCUGACCAUGGAAGAUCAAAUGGAAUUAAAGGAAUUGAAGGUCUAGAUCUCAAACAUAGAGAGUCAUACACAGGUUCUAGGCAGCCAGUUGAUUACUAUAAUCUAUUUGAAUCUAAUACACCUAGAAAUGCAGUUUCUAGUCCUAGCCAUUCUGUAGUCCAACCUGAACAUUCAAAUUUUAGUAAUGUUAAAUAUAGAUACAGUAACAAUGAAAAUGAAGAAACUACUCAAAGCCAGCCAGUGGACCAGACUGGUUCUAACUAUAGUCCAUAUAUAUCAUUUCAGGAAUAUUCAGAAUACAAUUCAAUUGGAAGUCAAUCUGGAUUCAACACAAAUGAUAGCCAAGUGUGUAGCCAUAUCCAGUCAGGUGAUAGCUACCAGCUGUCAAGUGACAGCAAAAAGAGCAAUCAAAGACAUUUUUCCAACAACUCUGUUCACAGUUUAUUCUGUAUGGGAACUGAAGAGUAUGAAUAUUUACCAAGUGCAACCAUAGUGGGUGAAGGAAGACUAGGGCAGGAGUCAGGAUAUAAGCUUUCAGGGAGAAUCAGAAAUUGUAAUCAGUUUGUAGAUGACAAGAAGACAGGAGCCAGAAGUUACCAUGAAAUGGGGGGAAUGAAUUCAAGUUCUGCUUACUUAGAGAGCAACACUCCACUAUAUACAUAUGUCCAAGAACAAAGAUACUCUUACUUUGAUUGAGAAGCCAGUAAUAAGCAUGAUAAAGCAAGUUAAGAACUAAACCAAGGAAUAAAGGGGAUGCU